AUGGGUUUUGUUGAUGUUCUUCAAGGUGCUUUUGAUAAGCCUUCUAUUCCAUGGAAGACUAUAAUUACAGGGUUCACAGUGGCGCAGUUCGCGUUUGAAACCUAUUUGACUUAUCGUCAAUACGUGGCACUAUCCAAAAAGACGUUACCACCUGUGUUAGAGGGCGAGAUUGAUGAUGAAACAUUCCAAAAAUCGGAAGCUUAUGCUAGAGCUAAGUCCAAGUUUUCCAUUGUUUCUAACAUCAGUUCAUUGGUGCAGAAUUUGAUAUUUAUCAAAUUUGACGUACUUCCAACGUUGUGGAACUUAGGCAAUGUUUUGGCCAGUUAUUUACCAAGCAAGCUUAUAGCCACCUCUACAAUUGCUCAAUCCCUGUACUUUUUAAACGUCCUAACCGCUUUGUCAACCUUCACCAGCUUACCGUUAAGUUAUUAUCAACAUUUUGUGCUUGAAGAAAAGUUCGGCUUUAAUAAAUUGACUAUAAAAUUGUGGAUUACAGAUAUGAUUAAGAGUAACCUAUUAGGUUUAUUGAUUGGUACGCCAGUAUUGUAUUUGUUCUUGAAAAUCUUUGAAGUGUUCCCAUCCAAUUUCCUAUGGUAUAUUUGUUUAUUUGUUCUUGUCGUGCAGAUUCUUGCUUUGACUAUCAUUCCAGUAUUAAUCAUGCCAUUGUUCAAUAAAUUUACUCCUCUAGAUGAUGGUGAAUUGAAAACAGCUAUUGAACAAUUAGCAAAGAAGGUGGGCUUCCCAUUGGACAAGAUCUUUGUUGUGGACGGUUCCAAGAGAUCAUCUCAUUCAAACGCAUACUUCACAGGUCUCCCAUUUACCAGUAAACGUAUAGUGCUAUACGAUACUUUGGUCAAUGACUCAACCACGGAUGAAAUAGUAGCUGUCUUGGCCCACGAAAUUGGUCAUUGGCAAAAAUCUCAUUUGUUGCGUAUGCUAGCAUUUAGCGAAACCCACAUCUUUUUAGUGUUUUCUCUUUUCACUGCCGCAUAUCAAAACAACUCAUUGUACAACGCAUUCCAUUUCUUUGUUGGAUCCUCUACAUCUACCGAUUUCUCUAAAGUAAUCACCCCUCAGUUUCCGGUUAUCAUUGGUUUCCUUCUUUUCAAUGAUCUAUUACAACCUUUGGAUUGUCUAUCUACGUUCUUAACGAAUUUGGUAUCAAGAGCUCAUGAAUACCAAUCUGACGCAUAUGCAAAGGAAUUGGGUUAUGCAAACCAUCUAGCAAGAGCUUUGAUCAACUUACAGAUCAAGAACUUAUCAACUAUGAACGUUGAUCCACUAUAUUCAAGCUAUCAUUAUUCUCAUCCAACUUUGGCUGAAAGAUUGAUAGCCAUUGAAUACAAAAACGAAAAGAAGGCACAAUAA